AUGAUAAAAAGUAAAAACUUGCAUCAAAUAAUCAAUGAAUAGAUCUUUCCUUAAUUCUUGCUUUUCUAUAAAUAUAACUUACGUUAACAGAAUUUAUGUUAAUACUCCUUUUUCUAUUAAUUAUUACUCUCAUUAUUUAUUUUAUACAUUUUUAUGUCAUCUUGCACUAUAGCAUCUACUGGAAUUGAAGGUUUAAUGACAUAGUUAAGUACUUGUAGCUUAUAAAACACAUUUAGAUCAUAGUAAUUAGCAUUAAAGGGAUAAAAAUGUGCUUGGUAAUAUAAUUAUUAAAAUCUAGACGUGAUACUAAUCAAUUUGAUUCUGGUGUAAAAUAUAAUACUUUUCUUAUCUUCUGCUGUUGUCAGAAGAGUUAGUAAUUUAUGUUGUUCUUCUAGAUAAAGUUCAUAUUAAGACCAUAGAGAACAAUAAUGUAUCACUGAUAGUAGUAGCAAUAUAUUUAUAUGGAAUACAAUUCUAACUACCCGCAUUGUAAAUUCCAGAUCUUGUUUAUUAAUGA